ACCCUUAAAUGAUUUUGACGUUUCUUGUUUUGUAAAUUAACGUGCUCCUAUUUGGUUCCACACUUUAUUAAUUUUAUAUAUUAAAUUUAAAAAUAAUGGCUGAAGUUGACGAUUUAUUUGAUUGUUUUAAUGAAGAUAACGACGAAAGCGUUUCCGCCAAUCCAGUUGUAGAGUUAAAAGACAUUAAAACAGGAGAUUCUUUAGAGGAGAGGAAAGCUGAAAGCGGAGAAAAGCGUGGAUGUGAGGCUAUUAAAGCAGACGCAGAAAAUGAUGAGGCUCCGCAAAAACGUAUAAAAGAGACGGAAUCCAUAUUGGACGAUAUUUGUGUGGACGCCUUACGUUCCCGAAUAUCAGUGCACGUUAUUGAGAGUCCAGAGUCGUGUACACAUGAAGUAGCCGUAUAUCCGGGUCAAGCAUAUAUUCCUCUACAAGCCCAAAAUGGACCACCAGCAAAAGAAUAUCCUUUUGUAUUAGAUCCUUUUCAAAAAGAAGCAAUUCUUUGCAUAGAUAAUCAACAAAGUGUAUUAGUGUCUGCGCACACAUCUGCUGGCAAAACUGUAGUGGCCGAAUAUGCUAUUGCUAAAUCUCUGGGUUGUAAACAGCGUGUAAUUUAUACCACACCUAUUAAAGCGCUUUCUAACCAAAAAUAUCGAGAGUUCAAUGAAGAAUUUAAAGAUGUUGGUUUGGUAACUGGUGAUGUGACGAUAAAUCCAUCAGCUUCUUGCCUUAUUAUGACAACGGAGAUUUUGCGGAAUAUGUUAUAUAGAGGAAGUGAGAUUAUGCGUGAAGUAGGUUGGGUCGUAUUCGAUGAAAUUCAUUACAUGCGUGACAAAGAAAGAGGUGUAGUGUGGGAGGAAACCUUAAUUUUAUUGCCCGACAAUGUACGCUACGUAUUUCUUUCUGCUACUAUACCAAAUGCUCGCCAAUUCGCCGAAUGGGUCUGUCAUCUUCACAAGCAACCAUGCCAUGUAGUUUACACAGAUUAUCGGCCGACGCCGCUGCAACAUUACAUAUUUCCAGCUGGUGGCGACGGUAUACAUCUCAUAGUUGACGAAAAAGGCCAGUUUAAGGAAGAUAAUUUUACAACAGCCAUGGCGGUUUUGCAAAAUGCAGGUGAUGCAGCUAAAGGCGAUCAAAGAGGAAGAAAAGGUGGUAUUCGUGGUGUUGACAGUGGGCAGUCGAAUAUUUUUAAAAUAGUCAAAAUGAUAAUGGAACGGAAUUUCGCCCCUGUAAUUAUCUUUUCAUUUAGUAAAAAGGAUUGUGAGGUAUAUGCUAUGCAAAUGGCAAAGCUGGAUUUUAAUACUGCCGAAGAGAAAAAACUGGUAGAUGAAGUUUUCAAUAAUGCGAUGGAUGUACUCUCUGAGGAAGAUCGUCAAUUGCCGCAAGUUGAAAAUGUUUUGCCUUUACUAAAGCGUGGCAUUGGUAUACAUCAUGGCGGUCUCUUGCCGAUCCUAAAAGAAAUUAUUGAGAUUUUGUUUGGCGAAGGCUUGCUUAAAGCACUUUUUGCUACGGAAACUUUUGCCAUGGGUUUGAACAUGCCUGCGCGCACAGUACUUUUUACAGCACCACGAAAAUUUGAUGGUAAAAAUUUCAGGUGGAUUUCCUCUGGCGAAUACAUCCAAAUGGCUGGACGUGCUGGUCGACGUGGUCUCGAUGAUAAAGGUAUCGUUAUAUUAAUGAUUGACGAGAAAGUGUCACCAUCCAUCGGUCGCGGAAUUGUACAAGGCAAAGCAGAUCCCAUAAACUCUGCAUUUCACUUAACUUACAACAUGGUGCUGAAUUUGCUGCGUGUCGAAGAAAUCAAUCCCGAAUAUAUGUUGGAACGUUCAUUUUUUCAGUUCCAAAACCAGUCGUCAAUACCUGAACUUUACAAACAAGUUCAAGACAAACAAAAUGAGUUGGCAAAAAUUAAAAUCAGCGAAGAACACAGCGUUGCAUCCUACCACCAUAUACGCGAACAACUCGAUUCUUAUGGCAAACAGUUUAAGCGUUGGAUUACAAAACCCGAAUAUCUGGUGCCUUUCUUACAACCAGGUCGUCUGAUAAAAAUUCAAAAUGAAAAGGACGAAUUCGAUUGGGGUAUUGUCGUGAACUUUAAAAAACAAACAAAUAAUGCUAAAAAUCCUCUGAAAGCAGAAACGGUCGUGGUAGUCGAUGUUUUAUUGCAUGUUACUGAGGAUUCGGCAAAGGCCGAAGAGCCAAAACCAUGCAAGUCCGGCCAAAAGGGCAAUAUGGAAGUUGUUCCUGUUCUACAUACACUUAUAUCGCAGAUUUCGUCUCUUCGCGUUUAUUAUCCCAAUGACUUGCGUCCGGCGGAUAACCGACGAAGUGUGCUGAAAACGAUCGCUGAAGUGAAGAAGCGUUUCCCAAAAGGCCCGCCACUGCUCAAUCCCAUUACUGAAAUGAACAUAAAAAGUGAUGAAUUCAAACAGGUUGUGGACUCCAUAGAUAAGUUCGAAGAGCGUUUGUUCGCACAUCCUCUACAUAAUUCGACUGAAUUGGACAAGAUUUACGAACGUUAUACACAGAAAUUGAAGGUGCAGGAAGAACUGAAGGCGGUUAAAACAAAAUUGAAGGAAGCACGUAGUUUGCUACAGAUGGACGAGCUGAAGCAUCGGAAACGUGUACUACGCCGUAUGGAGUACUGCACAGCUGCUGAUGUAAUAGAGUUUAAAGGACGUGUUGCAUGCGAAUUAAGCUCAGCAGAUGAACUUCUUUUAACUGAAAUGAUAUUCAACGGGAUAUUUAAUGAAAUUACCACAGCACAGUCAGUUGCAUUGCUGUCUUGUUUCGUCUGCGAUGAAAAGUCUUCAGAAACUCCCAAGGCAACCGAAGAACUUUCGGGUCCACUGCGUUCAAUGCAAGACUUGGCGCGUCGCAUUGCAAAAAUCUCCACCGAAUGCAAAUUAAAUAUGGACGAGGAAUCGUACGUGGAAAAAUUCAAACCAUUUCUUAUGGACGUAGUUUUAGCGUGGUGUAAAGGUGCUUCAUUUUUGAGCGUCUGCAGAAUGACAGACAUUUUUGAAGGCUCCAUAAUUCGAUGUAUGCGCCGUCUGGAAGAAUUAUUGCGGCAAUUGUGCCAAGCAGCGAAAACAAUCGGUAACACAGACUUGGAAAACAAAUUCUCUGAAGGUGUGCGCCUGCUCAAAAGGGAUAUUGUAUUCGCCGCUUCAUUAUAUUUAUAAAUAUCAAUUUUAUGCAUAGUAAUGUAGUUAUUCAUAAUUUUCAAAAGAGCAAAUAUGCAAUGCAUUCAUAUUAUAGAUGUUCGUCGAUAUAUGGUACAUACAUAUGUACAUAAAUAAAAAGCAUGACAUAUGGACAUAUACUA